UAUUUACAUAUCUUGUACAACUAACCUAAUUGAGGGUCGAUGGGGUACUCGAUAUUCUGCCAUUGACCCUCUGACAUCAAAUAUUCACACUAAUAAAUACAUUCAAUCUCAUACCAAACUAGGUAUAUACAACUAUUAUUAAUAUAUAAAAUAGAACAACUUUUUUCGUUUCACACACGUUUUCUCCAAGAAUCUGAAUGGACCCAAAUACUUGCUGCCGUGCUCAAGAACAAUUCUCAAAUCAGGUGGCAUUCCUGCAUGCUCCCUGUAUGGUGCCAAGGAAUUGCACCUUUCAAUUAGGUGGGACACAUCGAGCAGCCUUUCUCUGCAUACCGGACACAUACCCAGAGGGCUUUGGCUCAAAAGUAAAUGUCCGUGUGCAACCAUGCAUGCCUUAUUCUUAAUCGGGUGAGGAUGCUCUUGAUAAAUGAGAGCUUAUUUGUCAAUCUGGCCCAUUUACACUGUCACAUUAUUUUAAUAAUGUUUUUUAUUGCAUUCGUAGCGUCAGAAGGCCAGAUUGCGGUGGUUAAGUCCAGAGGUUGAGAUGGCCUUAGCUGCCUCGUCCACCUUUUCAUUACCCUCCAGAUCUAUGUGUCCAGGUAACCAGAACAAUCACCCUUUUUCCAAGAUGCUCAAGUUUGUGGUCUCUCUCCAAACAUAGCACUACAAGAGGGUUGAUGGAAAACCUGUCACGGACCACAGUAACCAUGCUGAGGGAGUCGGUACAGACAAGAUCCUCGAGAGAUGAUGACGGACAUACUGACCAAUGUGACAAUGAGGACCGGAGUGCCUGAACCUUCACGUCUCAGCUAUAUGAACGCUUUCGUCAAACUUCUUUCGAGAAAAGAUUUCAAAUAUGAAGAUCUUGGCUACACAGCGUAUGACAUCUUGUAUUGUUUCCGUCCACUCUGUUUUCUUGAGUCAGUACGUAUUCGAAAUUCAAUAUUUCGAGCUUUGAGACAUUUCAUCAAGACUGAAGAGCACGUUGAUAUUUUCAACAAAUUAAAAUACGAUUACCUUAUAGCAAGGGAAGUCACUGCUGGUGGUUUACAACUGUGUAGGAGAAUAAUUGUGGUUUCUCCUCAAAAAUUGACUCACGCUCCUGUGAGAGCUGUCGUUGCUUUCACCCAUCCUAGUCACACUGAUAACCUUCAGUCUGCAGCCCUUGCAUUACUUGCAGAAAUCGCUUUAUUAAAUGCAGACCUUUUCAUCACUUGUGGAGGCGUCAGCGCAAUUAUUAGAAAUCUAUCCUGCUUGAAAUCGCCAAAAAUGACCGAAGCCUUAUUAGGCUCUUUGUUGUACUUAGUAAAUAAACCUGAGACGAGGGCCAAAGCAGGCAUCAAUUUACAAUGCCUCACCGGAUCUGUUUAUAUGGACAGAGGACUGAAUUCUAAGAAUAACAGCACAACAGAAUCGACUGUACGAUGGUGCACGACAGCAAUGGUCUGUCUUUUACGCUCUUGGACUGGAAUCUUGCACCUUUGCCAAGGAAAACGCCAGGCAAUCACAUCAAUUGUAGACAGCCUCUAUGUCACACAUCUCCAGAAACCAAUAUUAGAGGUGCUCUACAAAUUAUUUGACCUUACGCAGCCAGAUUGGACUGAUGAAAUUACAGUUGCUCUUGAAGCAGUGCAUCCGUCAAAGUGGAGCGAUAGUUUCAGAAUUGCUGAAGGUUUCAUUGCAGCAGAAGCACAGUCCUUGUUUCCCCAUUUGGCCAAAACUCGAGUCAACCUGAUCGAAGUACACCGAGCAUUUGUUCUUUAUCUCUUUUUGAAAGCGAAUGUCCUAGAAGCCAUUGUUCAUGUAGUCGUCUCAGAUGACACAUUCCUCUCUGUUCACGCAACGAUUCUUUUGGGCGAACUGCUUCACCUAGUCCAUACGAUUCUUCCUCCAGAGUUGAUAAGCUUGACUCCAGGCCUGCCUAACUUGCUGUCUUAUGCUGUUCGAGGAAGACCAGUGAAUAUUGUACCACAGUCGACAAUAUUUGAAAAUGAAGAAUUACCAAAUAACGCUUACGAAGAACUCUUUGGACCUGGUUUCACCAUGGACCAGUCACUAUUGACAAACAGUGACGUUGAGCCGAGUAAAGAAGCUCAGGAACGUGCAUUAAGAGCCGUUUGUGCAAUGUCUUAUUUACAUAAAAGGCCUCCUGGGCCCAGCCUUUACCUUAGACAUCUAAUCUCUUGGAUCAAAUCAUCAGAAAGCCCACUAUCAGAAAAACCCCAACCUCUUGCAAAACACAGUCCUCUGAGCAGUUGUGAUGAAAGUAUAAAAGAGUCAGGUGUUUUAGCUGAAAGGGAUCCUUACACUUGGAACUGGGAUGUUAUAAGGGCAAUAUUGAAAAGACACGGAGAAACCCUGAGAAAAACGACGGAUUCGAAUAAAAAAUUGUUUUUAAGAAGGCUGAUCAAUUUUCUCCUCCCCGUCACCGGCCAGUAUGGACGAACUGAACUUGUUUCAAACCGAAAAUCCAACAACCUUUUAACACUGGCUGGCCUAGAUCUCAUAUCAAUGCUACUCCUUGCUCCAGAAGAAUCCGAGUGUGAAAAGUUACUUUUUGAGUUGUUGGGUGGAAUCAGGACGCAGUUUCUCGACUUGGCGCGAUGCUCGACAUCAAGAUCGGCACAUGACUGCCACCUAUCACCUAUCAACAUAUCAAAUUCACUUUGCCAAGAUUACUUUCUCAUGGUUGGACACUUGUCUACGUCAGAACAAGGCAGGAAAGCACUUACAACAACAGGAAUUUACACCCAGCUUCUAGAUCUGGUUGCAUCAACAAACCAAGACUGCUAUAUUAAAUUGAUAGUAUCGACAAUGGAUUUUGCUAAUGAUGAACAAGCAAAAAAUAUUCUGAAAAAGAUAUUCGAAUCAAAGUCCAUUUCUUGUCGUCUCUAUGCCACAAAAUCACUACACGCUAUGAUGAGGAUUGGUGUUGGACAUGAUAGACAAUUAAUGAGUUUUCUCGUCGGUCUUAUUGUUGAUCAGUUAUCUGACGAAGACAGAAAUGUAGCUGCUGUUGCACUCAAUGCUAUUCAAGAAGCAUCACAUUCUAAAGAAUAUGUUGAAGCGAUUGUGGAACAGAGACCUUGCCUAAUGAGGCAUGGGGAUAACGGACUUUUAGUGUUGGUACGGUGCCUUUCAACCGAAGAGGGUUUCAGAAGGCUUCACCAGGCCAAUUUUGUGACUGCCCAACUGGCCAAAUGGGGAACACAUUACAACUAUAGGUAUGUGAAUAUAGUAGAGGGUCUUCUCGCAUCUGAAGGAAAUCAGAGCACUGAAGUUUUCCUUCCACCCCAUCUUUACCAACAGCUAGCUUCACAUCAGACCGGCCUUGCUAUGGUUCUUGCCAACGAUCAUGUCAUAAAACUCGUCCAGGUCCUGGAGCAUGGAGACUGUUCGACGGAUGAACAGAUCCUGGAGAUGAAAGCAGCUCUUUAUGCCCUUUCAGGAAUUGCAGGAGUCAUGGAUAUAAAUGUACUAUCUUCGAUGAUACGUAUAGCAACCCACUGCUUAGUCUACUCGUUGAGGGCUGUUGCUUUCACAGCAAUAAGCAAUGUUGCUACUUCAGUCCAGGGAGAGGAAAAACUGAAAUCGCUUGGUUGGUAUUCUGUUAAACAUGAUCGCCAUGAAAUGUGGCCUCUUGUCACUCCAACUGAAGAAGACACUCCUAAUAUAAUAUUUGAAAGAAACGUUGUUGUACGCGAGAAUAAAAGUCCUUUGUUUGACUUACCGGAGGAGGAUGAUAAUCUGGAAGACAUUGAUAAGGAGGAAUUCUUCUGGGGUGUUCCAGGUGGAAGGACUCAGAGGAUAAGGGAAAGAAGGUCAGCAACUUUACCUCAUUCCACCACUCCGUCUUCUUACUACCACAACCGCAGUUACAGCGAGAGCAAGGCUGAACAUAGCGACUCUUCUGACUAUACCAACGAACACAUUGUUCACUACAAGAGCGAAAGUGGUAGAAAGAGUAGAUCCAACAGCUAUACAGACAGUAGCACAAGUGGAGAUUCAACUUACGGCAUGAGACAUUACAGUGUUAGUGAUCGGGUUCCAACAUUAAGCCCCAUACCUAGUGCCGGUUCAUUGACUGCUUUUAAUCCGCAGACAACUAAAAGAACAAGCCUUACAUCAAAUUUUUCUAGAAGUAGCUUAAGAGGGAGUAGACAGAGCAUAUUAAGAUCUCUGGAACAAUCUUCUACUUUUCCGUUAGGUCUAAUCACAUACGGCGAUUUACUCUGUUCACCUUCACCUCGCCAAAAACACACAUUGAAUGAGCUUCAAUGGUCCGAAACUCCAGCAAUAGAAGAACCAGAUUUUUCCACUCUGGAAACAUCAUUGAUUGACACGACAUCACUUCAGUCAAACUCAAACGAUGGUCUUGAUGUCCCCAUGCCGAUUUACAUGGGAAUCUGCCUUCCGGCACAAAUUGGCUGCCUUUUUCCAAAAGAAGAAAUCAAUCUUGUUAAAAAGCACGUUUCUUUCAUUUCCGAGUCAUUAAAGGUUCAAGGACUUCAAGAUCUGAAAAAUCCAUCGUUCCAUAAAGAAAUCUGUUUCCUUGGACCCCAAGGGUGUCACAAUAUGAUGGUAAACACAUCAGAAUGUGAGCCUUCUUACUUGGUGGAAGGAGACUUAGAACUUGACAAAGAGACUUUGGAAAAUGACAGCGUCGAUUCUUCUAUGACCGAUGUACAAAGUUUCGUUGAUAAACCGAUGCCAAUAAUCUUUAAAAGCAGGAUUGUAAUUAGAAAUGAACUGGCAAGGAUGAUAGAACAACUGUCUAACCCUAUACUUCACAAAACCUGUAAACAGUCUCUCUUACAAAUUAAACAAGCCCAUGGUGACCUUUUUCAAGACAUAUGUGUAUUUAGUGAUGUGUGUCACAUUUUAUCAACGUGUCAAGUCAGAGUAGCAUCUAGAGACUUCGUUAAUAAACUUUUUGACUCGGCCUUUGAUGAAAUCUGGCAUGAUGUUGCUGUUUAUCUCAAAGAACACAUAACAUAUUAAAAAGAAUUUUUUAUUUAUAUUUAUUUUGUGUAUAG